UCCCAGAAUAAACCAAUACAGAGAGGCUGUUGCUGCUGUAGGACUGGGACCCUCCCAGUUCUCCCAGUAUAAGGCAAGGGAGUGGAGAUCCCAUCUCAGCCCAGAGGCUUCCCUAGAUCCUCCCCCUGCGGAUGGAGGAGCCCCCGGCGAGGCGGCCCGGGGCCGUGGGCUGCCGGCGUUGCUUCUGGGAGUUCUGGAACUACGAGACCCCCAAAGUGAUCGUGGUGAAGAACCGCAACCUCGGCAUCAUGUACAGAGGGGUGCAGCUGCUGAUCCUGCUCUACUUCAUCUGGUACGUGUUCAUCAUCCAGAAGGGCUACCAGGAGAGCGAGACGGGCCCCGAGAGCUCUGUGGUCACCAAGGUCAAGGGCGUCGCCCGCUCGCACAACAGGGUCUGGGACGUGGAGGAGUACGUCAAACCUGCCGAGGGCGGCAGCGUGUUCAGCAUCCUCACCCGGGUGGAAGUCACCCACUCCCAGACUCUGGAGACCUGCCCCGAGAGCCUGGAGGUCCCUGACGCCGCCUGCAGCUCUGACAGCGACUGUGUGGCUGGGGAGAUGGACAUGCUGGGGAACGGAGAGAGGACGGGGCGCUGCGUCCCCUAUUACAGCGGGUCGGGGAAGACCUGCGAGGUCUCCGCCUGGUGUCCAGUGGAAGACGGACACACGGUCAGUGAGUCCCUGGGGAAGAUGGCCGCGCAGUUCACCGUCCUGAUCAAGAACAACAUCCACUUCCCCCGCUUCGGAUUCUCCAAAGGGAACGUGAAGGACGAUAAGAACGGCUACCUCAAAGACUGCACCUUCAACGAGACCACCGACCUGUACUGCCCCAUCUUCCGGCUGGGCUCCAUUGUGGAGCAGGCAGGAGAGAACUUCACCGUGCUGGCCGAACAGGGCGGCGUUAUUGGAGUGAUCAUAAACUGGAACUGUAACCUGGACCUGCCCGACUCUGCGUGCAACCCCAGCUAUUCCUUCCACAGGCUGGAUCCCAAGAGGAUUCAGGUGUCUUCUGGCUACAACUACAGGUUUGCCAAAUAUUACAACUGCAACGGGAUGAACACGCGGAGCCUGAUCAAGGCCUACGGGAUCCGCAUCGACGUUAUUGUGCAUGGCCAGGCAGGGAAGUUCAGCCUGAUCCCCACCAUCAUUAACCUGGCCACGGCGCUGACCUCAGUGGGAGCGGGCUCAUUCCUCUGCGACUGGAUCUUACUGACCUUCCUGAACAAGAAUGAGAUGUACAGCGCCCGGAAAUUCGAUCAGAUGGAGCCGCGUGGCACCUCGCAAGCCAGUGCCCAGAGACCAGGCCGGAUGGGCUCUCCCUGCCCUUGCUGGCUCUGGGCGUUCCUUGAGGGAGCCGGGCACAGCAGCCUGCCUGAUGAGCCACCCCACGGGCCUUCUCCUGGCUGUUCUCCAUGCCCUGUGCCCUGGGGUGGGGCCGUGCAGCGAGGCUUGGGCACUAACUGCCCCAUCUCUCCUCUGUUUGGCCAGGACAGGACCCCGGCGCCAGGCUGCAGUGGUAACGCCUGCACCACCCAGACCUCCUCGCCAGCCAACCCCAUGGGCCCCGGCCAGCUCUGAGCUGCUGCUGCCCCCCACCUGCUGCUGCGGCUGGACUGGAGAGCGGGGAGCCCCUGGCGGGGACACGCAGGGCCAAUGGGCAGGCUGAGUGGGGCUGCCCCCAAGUACUGACUGGAGGGGUGAGAACCCAGCGCUAGGCUGAAAUCCCCUGGAGGCUGGAGUGCCAGGUGACCUGCCACGGGGGCAGCAUGGGACAGGUACCAGCCCCACUCUACACCCCCUGCUCUGCCAGCACCAGCCCCUCCCGCAGUGAAGGUGCCCAGGGGGCUGUGAUGGGGCGACAGGUCGGCCCCAGGAGCCCAGCCGCAGAGAGGCUGGUCUGCAGGCUGCAGCCGCCUCCCCCGGCCCAGCUGGCUCUUUAACUGGCACUGCCCUGGGAGUCGCUGGGGUCGCUGGGUGCCACGUGCUGAGGGGGAGCAGAACCAGCAGGAAGCACAUGGGCACUGUCCUUUCCUGGGGCAUCACCUCUUCCCUGCUACUCUCCCCCUAAGGGAGCCCCCUGCCCCGCCCCGCGCUCCCCUUCCUCCACAGUUGCUGGAGUCUGCUCACCCCAUGGAAUUGAGGCUGUAAAACCUGGUAGCACUCUCCCAUGGGCCACCCCCAAACCCAGCCAUGCCCACUCAUGAUGUCAGACAAGCCACCACUCACAGGGCAGUUCCUCAUCGCGUGAUCACCAUUCAUCCUUCUGGCUGGCUUUGAGCAGCAGCAACUUAGUGAACGGUACUGACAUUUGACUAGUCUUCAUUAGGUUUCAGAGGUAACACGACAUUGAGAUGACCAGAGCACUUCACCCCUCUCAGAGCUGCUGUUUCAGUCUCUCUGCAGACUCCGGCAGAGCUCACAGCAUCAGUGACACUUGGGUCAUAUUUUGAAGGGUUUUGUCACAAUCAUAAGGGCUAGAGAUUUAAUUUUGGGGGGGGCCUCAGGUUUUGGGGACCCCAGCUUGAGACACCUCAUUUUCCAGGAAGUGCUGAGCCCCCAUCCUGUGAAAAACGGCUCAGGCUGAGCCCCUGAAAACGGAGAUGCCCCCAAAUCACUAGUCACUGCUGAAGAGCGGGCUUGAGAGCGUAGCCUGGGGCACACAAACACAGGAACCAGACCAGCCCCCCCCAGACACUCUCAGAGCUCACCUUAGGCCCUGAGCUGGCCCAUGGGCUCUGCGUGGCUGGGGGGCAGGGGCCCAUGUAGUAAUCAAGAGGGCUGUGAGGUGAGAGCCCGUGCCCUUUGUGCGCCCUGACUGUGCAGCACGGCUAGGCCAUAGGGUGGGCUGGCGCCUUGGCAUGGCUGGAGAAGUGAGACCUGCCCAGGCAGGGCAGAAUGGCUGGCUCGGCCCCCAGGGAAGCACUGCACCGGUGGGUGCUGCUGGUUGAGUUCACAGCCAGGCAAGGGCUGGUGGCACCAAGGCCGUGCUGGCCAAGCCGGCGGUAUCUGGUAGCGCUGGCACAAGGGGCUGUCCCACCAUGCCUGCCUGCCCUCUCCCCCACCGCCCCGUCACUUUACCAAACAGCUAGGAAAUGAGCUCGGGUACACGGUGUUACUGGCCCAGCCAGGCGAGCUGGGGUCAUCGCCAGCGGGCCCUGCAGGCGCAGAGGCUCCCAGGAGGCUGAUGGGCGCAAUGCCUUGUGGUACAGAUGGGCUAACUCCGAAGCUGCUUGGCGCGCCGUGAGCCGGGUGACGAGCUGCCCAUGCGAGGCAGCCCGCAUGGCUCGCUGGGUUCCCGGCGCUGCGGGCCUCUGGCCGGCUGUUUUCCUGGGGACAGUUGUGUUGUCACGUUACCCUGCCACUGGCCCUCUCAUGUCAUUGUAACCGGGGAAAAGGACUGCCCUCUCCCCGUUCCAGACCUACCUCCGGCCCCCCAUGGCCCUGCACUCAGGUGCCUACUGUCGACUCAAGCAGCCCUUGCUGGCUGUUCACCUCCUGGCCGUCCUUGUAGGGGAAACCCUCUGAACCAUGUGCCGAGGAAGUGCCCAAUGCCCAAUGCAGUGGGAGUGACUCGGAGCCAUGAGCCUGGCAUCUGCUGGCGUUUGCACUGGCUGGAAUGGUGCCGAGCUGCUGCGAGAAGGGUCCAGCCGCGUGGCUCGGGAAACGGCACUAGGCUGGAGUGGGGUGGUAACACUGGCUGUGGGGCGCAGCUAGUGUCUCCUACUCCAGGCCCUGCCAGUCUCAGCCCAGGGGCUGGAUGGCUGGGGCAGGAGUAGGGGCUGGGGAGUGUUCACAGCUCCCUUGCCUGGCCACCCCUCUCCCAGCAGGGGGCACUGUAAAGAGCAGGGUAGGAGUGCUGACAGAGGGGGGGCAGUCCCGGUUCUCCAACCUCUCCCAGCAGGGGGCACUGUAAGGAGCAGGGUUGGAGUGCUGACAGAGGGGGGGCAGUCCCGGUUCUCCAACCUCUCCCAGCAGGGGGCGCUGUAAGGAGCAGGGUUGGAGUGCUGACAGAGGGGGGGCAGUCCCUGUUCUCCAACCUCUCCCAGCAGGGGGCGCUGUAAGGAGCGGGGUAGGAGUGCUGACAGAGGGGGGGCAGUCCCGGUUCUCCAGCCUCUCCCAGCAGGGGGCGCUGUAAGGAGCAGGGUAGGAGUGCUGACAAAGGGGGGCAGUCCCGGUUCUCCAGCUUCUCCCAGCAGGGGGCGCUGUAAGGAGCAGGGUAGGAGUGCUGACAGAGGGGGGCAGUCCCGGUUCUCCAGCCUCUCCCAGCAGGGGGCGCUGUAAGGAGCAGGGUAGGAGUGCUGACAGAGGGGGGGCAGUCCCGGUUCUCCAACCUCUCCCAGCAGGGGGCGCUGUAAGGAGCAGGGUAGGAGUGCUGACAGAGGGGGGGCAGUCCCGGUUCUCCAACCUCUCCCAGCAGGGGGCGCUAUAAGGAGCAGGGUUCGAGUGCUGACAGAGGGGGGGCAGUCCCGGUUCUCCAGCCUCUCCCAGCAGGGGGCGCUGUAAGGAGCAGGGUAGGAGUGCUGACAAAGGGGGGCAGUCCCGGUUCUCCAGCUUCUCCCAGCAGGGGGCGCUGUAAGGAGCAGGGUAGGAGUGCUGACAGAGGGGGGGCAGUCCCGGUUCUCCAACCUCUCCCAGCAGGGGGCGCUGUAAGGAGCAGGGUUCGAGUGCUGACAGAGGGGGGGCAGUCCCGGUUCUCCAGCCUCUCCCAGCAGGGGGCGCUAUAAGGAGCAGGGUUGGAGUGCUGACAGAGGGGGGGCAGUCCCGGUUCUCCAGCCUCUCCCAGCAGGGGGCGCUGUAAGGAGCAGGGUAGGAGUGCUGACAGAGGGGGGGCAGCCCCAGUUCUCCAGCCUCUCCCAGCAGGGGGCGCUGUAAGGAGCAGGGUAAGAGUGCUGACAGAGGGGGGCAGUCCCGGUUCUCCAGCCUCUCCCAGCAGGGGGCGCUGUAAGGAGCAGGGUUGGAGUGCUGACAGAGGGGGGGCAGUCCCAGUUCUCCAACCUCUCCCAGCAGGGGGCGCUGUAAGGAGCAGGGUUGGAGUGCUGACAGAGGGGGGGCAGUCCCGAUUCUCCAGCCUCUCCCAGCAGGGGGCGCUGUGGGGAAGGCUGCGAUAGCCGCAUCUAUUAGCAGCAAUGACAGAACGCUGCCCCGUGCCAUGACAGGCUCACGGGCGAGCACGUAGCUGCCAGAACCCUGAGGUCCUCCAGAGAGAGGUGCCAGGCAGGACGGCGCAGGCCCCACGUGGCCCGUACCCGGAGAGAGGGGGGAGGACAUAGGCCACAUGACCAGA